UCGAAUUCGAUUCGGAAGCCGGAAAGUGGAAACGAAGGAAAAAAAAAAACAGCAGGGUGCCUAUUUUGUUAUCUGCUCCUACGCGGAUCUUAGUUCCAUGGCGAUCUCUGAGAGGUCGCUUCGACAGCCAUGGAGUUUAUAGAUCUUUGCAGUCUUUUUCUUUUUGAGGUCGUUCUGUUAGGCGAAAACUCACCGACGAUUCUCUUUCCUCAAAGCUUAUCGGAUCCGAAUUUUUUGACAGAUCCAGCGGUUUCCAUGAUCUUCGUUUAGCUAUCGGCCUUGGCUGAUGCUAGGGUAUCUGUAUUCGUACUUCUAAUUGAGCGCUGCUGAAAGAUUUGUGGAUUUUUCAGAUCUCUUUCGGUUUUGAGUAGCUGAGAGGAGUCUUCAAUUUUUUUUUCUUUUAUUAUGUGGAGGUAUGCUUUUACUUUCGACUUCCCCUCGUCAUUUUCCUCUAAAAUUGCAAAUCAAAGCAUUCGGAUGGAUUACUGUGGGCUUGAGUACUCAUCAUAAAACCUAGAAGAGCUGCAGGAGGAGUUGUUUGUGGUAUAAGCGUUUUGCUGGAAUCAAGUCUAUUCCCCUCCUCUUUUUAGUUUUUUGCUUCAGAUUUAGCUGCCUUGUGUUGAAAUAGAUUAGUAGGAGUUGAAGGGAAGCAGGGUGACCAGAGGUAAGGUAAGAGCGAGGUUAUAACUGCCAAUUUUCAGAAGUUCUGAUGGAGGACCUCUCUAAAUAUUCCCACAGUCCUGCCCACCUUGCUGUUGCUCGUCGAGAUCAUGUUGUCCUACGGCGGCUGGUUUCCACCCUUCCCCGCCUCCCAAAAGCAGGAGAAGUUAAUACAGAGGAGGAAUCCAUUUCUGCUGAGCUCACAGCUGAUGCAGUCUCUUCUAUCAUUGACCGUCGAGAUGUUCCUCACCGUGAAACCCCUCUACACCUUGCAGUCCGGCUUCGUGAUCCCAUUUCAGCUGAAAUUCUCAUGUCAGCUGGUGCUGACUGGUCCCUUCAAAAUGACCAAGGUUGGUCUGCUCUCCAGGAAGCUGUAUGCACCCGUGAGGACACAAUAGCAAUGAUCAUUGCCAGGCACUACCAGCCGUUGGCUUGGGCAAAGUGGUGCCGCCGCCUCCCCAGGGUCAUCUCCUCUAUUGGUCGGAUCCGUGAUUUUUAUAUGGAGAUCACAUUCCAUUUUGAAAGUUCUGUGAUUCCUUUCAUUGGCCGGAUUGCCCCAUCUGAUACCUAUCGGAUAUGGAAGCAGGGAUCAAACCUCAGGGCUGACAUGACUCUUGCUGGCUUUGAUGGUUUCAGAAUCCAACGCUCAGACCAGACCUUCCUUUUUCUAGGUGAUGGUGCUUCAGGGGAGCCAGUUAAUGCUUCAUUACCUCGGGGCUCAUUGAUUGUACUUGCUCAUAAGGAGAAGGAGAUAACUAAUGCUCUUGAGGGAGCUGGCAACAGGCCUACAGAGGCUGAGGUAGCUCAUGAGGUUGCUUUAAUGUCCCAAACUAAUAUGUACCGGCCCGGCAUUGAUGUUACACAGGCAGAGCUUGUCUCUCACUUGAAUUGGAGAAGACAAGAGAGAACGGAAAUGGUUGGCAACUGGAAAGCAAAAGUGUAUGACAUGCUUCAUGUAAUGGUGAGUGUUAAAUCAAGAAGAGUUCCUGGUGCAAUGACUGAUGAGGAACUGUUUUCAGCAGACAAUGAUGAAAGAGUAGCCAAUAAUGAUGAGUUGGAUGAUGUAUUAACAGCUGAGGAAAGGAAACAGCUAGAUUCGGCUCUUCAAAUGGGUACUUCAGAGGGGUUUGAUGAUGAUGAGGUCAACGGGAGUUCUGAAUUUGGUAAUACUGAGCAUAGUGGCCCUUCAAAGGAGAGAAAAAGCUGGUUUGGCUGGAACACUAAAAAGGCUUCCAAAAAUAAUCCAGGUGAGGAUGCUGACGACUCAAAGAAUCCCAGAAGAUUUUCAAGGUUACCUCAAGAGAAUGGAAAUCAUAAACCUGAGUCAUCAUGGGAAGAGGUGGGGGAUAUUAAAAAGGGUAAAGAAAAGACCAAUUCUAAGAAGAAGAAGAGUGGAGCCUCAAGUGAGUCUAAUAAGCUUGAAAGUGAGUACAAGAAGGGUUUACGGCCAGUUUUGUGGUUGACACCAGACUUCCCAUUGCAGACGGAUGAGCUUCUUCCUUUGCUUGAUGUUUUGGCGAACAAAGUCAAAGCUGUUAGGAGGCUUAGGGAGCUUUUGGCGACCAAGCUUCCACAGGGAACAUUUCCAGUAAAGGUGGCCAUCCCAAUUGUCCCUACAAUUCGAGUUCUUAUUACAUUCACGAAGUUUGAAGAGUUGAGUCCUCCCUCUGAUGAGUUUGCAACGCCACUUUCUAGUCCAACCCAUUUUCAGGAUUACAAGGCUAAGGCAGCAGAAACAUCAGGUGGUUCAUGGUACUCAUGGGUAAGAGGCAGUCGAGGCGGGCAAUCCAGUGAUGAAAGUGAAAGCAAAAACUGGAAAGAUGAGAUUGACCCUUUUAGCAUACCAUCAGAUUAUACCUGGGUUGACGCCAAUGAAAAAAAGCGGAGAAUGAAGGCCAAGAAGGUCAAGAGCAAGAGGGUGGUUUCCAGUAAGAAGCAGACAUUGAGAAGUGGAGAUGCCCAGCAGCAGCAACUAGAUGAUGUUGAGGAUUAGAUGACCCUAUAUGCAGAAACGUAACAAGUGCUUACAUGUUUUUAGCUUUCUGUGUAUUGUGUGGGUGUUUUAACAAUCAGUAUAAACUAUUAUGUCUGUGAUGUAGGUCACAAGGUUGCGUUCCCCUAAUUGUAGUAUGAAUGCAGUCUUCUGCUUCAAAAAAAAAAAAGAGUGAUUGAAGUAGAUAAUAUUGUUUUGUUUGGAAGGGAACAUAAGCUUGUACGGUGAUUCAUUUGUUUGUUUUUCAUAGCUUUAGCUCUUCCAUCUGAUAUAGUGAUCUUACUUUAACUUCACUAUAGUCAUGAUC